AAGUGGCCAUUUAUGCGUGGCGUUCAACAUUGUGACAGCUUUUCUUUAUUCCAGCUAUUGAUUCAACAAAAAAAAAGUGUUUGUUUUUUCUAGAUAUAUUUCCCCCCCUUAAAUAGAGAAUGUCUGUUCAAUAUACAGUUGCUGAUUUAAAACCUCGAAUCUUGGAAAACAUUGACAAGUUAGAGUACCCGGCUGCUUAUACUUUCUGUCAACGUGCUUUAGAACUUGAACCACACAAUGCAGAACUGUUGGAAAUAACAGGCCAAGUCGAACUCGAACUUGAACAGUUUGAGUUGGCAAGAAAGCACUUGUUGGAGUCGAUUCAACUUGAACCCAACUCAAGUUAUAGUAAAUACAUGUACUUGGGUCAGUUGUCUAUUGAAAAAGAAGCCAUUGAUGCCUUUCAAAAGGGUGUUGAUUUGAUGGUUGCAGAAAGAAACAAAUUACCUGGUGAAUCAGAAGAAGCCAAAUUGCUAGGAUCCAAGAUUUCGAGUGCAUUAUGUUCCAUGACAGAGAUUUACUUGACUGAUUGUUGUUUUGAACCUGAAGCUGAACAGAGAUGCGAAGCUUAUUUGCAACAAGCACAACAAGUUGAUGCAGACCAUGCAGAAUCCUACCAAUUGUUAGCUUCUGUUCGAUUAAGUCAACAACGCAAUGAAGAAGCUGCAGCUGCCCUGAACAAAUCCAUGGAAUUAUGGAUCCAUAAAGAAUCUGGUGAUCCCACAAUACCCAUUUACGAUACACGAUUGGCCCUUGUCAAGUUAUUGUUAGAGUGUGGUAUGUUUGAACACGCUUUUACUGUCUUGGAGAACUUGCAAAAGGAGAAUGAUGAAGUAGUUGAUUUGUGGUAUUUGUAUGGCUGGACUUAUUAUUGUCUGGGUGAUGAAGAAGAAAGAACACAAGAGGAAAGAAUAGCAUUAUGGGCAGAUGCAAGGGACUGUUUAGAGACAUCUGUCAAGUUGUAUUCUAUGCUUGGCUCUGAUGAUGAUGCUAUGUUUGAACAUGCUAAAGAACUUAUUCAAAUGAUAAAUCAAGUUGUGCCUGCUCAUGUUGAAGAACCAGAAGAAGAAAUAGACGAAGAAAUAGAAUUUGAAUCUGAAGAUGAAGAUGCUAUGGAAGAAUAAUAACAACAACAACAUUAACAACAUUUUACACAUAUACAUUUUAUUUAUACAUUGGCAUAAUGACAGUAAUUUUUAUAAAGACAACGAGAACAUUUGAUUGGCUGAAUAAAUAUAAUUGCAUUCUAUUGAAUUAUGAGGGGGAUGAAUUAACAUGCCACACACACACACAC